AUGGUUAAAUCGUUAGCUGAGAGCACUUGUCAAAUGUGGCAGGACCAACAAAGGUUUGAACAAGAGACACGCGCCGGCAUGAGAUCCUUGGAGGCGCAGAUAUCCCAACUAGCGUCCUCAAUGAGCAAUUUCGAGAAUAGCAAGAGAAAACUACCAUCUCAGGUAAUCCCCAAUCCCAAGGAGAAUGCGAGUGCAAUGCUCCUGCGAAAUGGAAAGGAGAUUCACCCUACCAAACCGGAAGCAACAAGAAAUGGGAAGGAACAAGUGACCGAGGAACCUGAACAAGAAGAGGUAAGCACCCCACCGCGUAUUCCUAAGACCUCUGACAUAAACCCUCCUUUUCCUGGCAGGUUCACCAAAGCGAAGAAAGAGGAGUCAGAGAAGGAGAUUUUGGACACGUUCAGGAAAAUAGAGAUUAACAUUCCCUUACUGGAGGCGAUUAGGCAACUGCCGAAGUAUGCAAGGUUUCUAAAGGAGCUGUGCACCAACCGGAAGAAGUUGAACUUCCAGGACAAAGUAAGGGUAGGUGAGAAUGUGUCGGCAGUCCUCCAGAAGAAGUUGCCACAGAAAUGCAAGGAUCAAAGUAUGUUCACCAUACCAUGCAUUAUAGGUCAAAAGAGAAUAGAAAGAGGCAUGCUUGAUCUGGGAGCGUCUAUCAAUGUUAUGCCUCUGUCUAUAUUUAAAGCCUUAAACUUGGGAUCCCUGAAGGAGACAGGAGUGGUGAUUCAACUAGCAGACAGGUCCAAUGUCUACUCCGAGGAUGUAGUUGAAGAUGUCUUAGUAAAAGUGAAUGAGUUUAUCUUCCCUGCUGAUUUUUACAUUGUUGACAUGAAUGAUGAUAACUUAGUUAGCUCAGCUGUACUCCUUCUAGGUAGACCCUUCAUGAGUACAGGUAGGACUAAGAUAGAUGUGCAUGAAAAUACCCUGUCUGUGGAGUUUGACGGGGAAACAAUCACGUUUAACAUUUUUGAUGCAAUGAAAUACCCCGAUGAUACCGAGUCUAUUAACUGUAAUCUCAUGGAAGACAAGCUGGAGUUCGUGCUACAACAUAGCAAGACGACCACUGACGUGGAGAGUAAGGAUGAGGAGAAGAUUUUAGAAGCCAUCAUGUCACUGCACUCUCUUCCGACGCCCGAGUUGGAGUUGAAGGAAUUGUCAAAACACCUGAAGUACGCCUAUCUUGAAGAUCACAACACUCUACCGGUCAUCAUUGCGAAUGAUUUGACCGAGAUGCAACAAGAAAAACUCCUACGAGUUUUGCGGGAGACUAAACCAGCAAUAGGAUGGAUGUUGGCAGAUAUCAAGGGCAUCAACCUCUCUGUUUGCAUGCACCAUAUCCUCCUUGAGCUAGAGGCGAAAUCGGUAAGAGAAUGA